AUGACAUUGACGUUGACCGCCAAGACCCAGCUGACGAUGAGCAAGGCGAUCCAGAACCCCCGCGAGCCUCCUACACUACGAGCUAGGGGUAGAAGAGCUCUGGUAUCAUUUUUCAAUCGACGGCGCCGACGUCAAUCGCCUCGCUUCCACCAUGGCGACUGGCCACGGUCAACGCAAACGGGCAUCCGACGAAAGUCUGACAGCAUACGACCUGUUCGGACGAAAUCCUCGCUGGAGAGCUUACGAGCUUUGCUAUCAGAUACUCUGCAGUAUACAGACUUGAUCCACACGAACGAAAGGCUGCUGGCAAAUCACCGAGAGAGCUUAGCCACCAAGCAAUGGAAUCAGCCGCCUCUUCAAUUUCUCAACGAUAUUAAGACCAGAGAAGCAAUGGAGAUCGGCGCUGUAGCACUCGACGCUGUUCAAACUGCACAGAGGGACAUUGAAGCGCAAGAGCCAGAGCUUCUCCGCAUCUUGAAUGAUCUUGCUGGAGACAACAAAACUGUGCCGAUCACUCCUACGUUCAACACACAGGCACGAGACCUGCUGGCAGCUCUGAUUUCUGGGGGAGGGAACAAGGCAUUACUGGAUGUUCUGUCUGAGGACUUACGAGUUCGUGAAUUUCGACUCGGACAGAUCAGGGCCCACAUCCCAUCUCGUGGUAGAGGAUGGUUUUGGAACCAGAGGCUCUUUCCCAACAACGUUCCAGAUCUACGGCGAAAUGUCGAAUCACUCCCGAAGCUGGAUAAAUCGUGUCGGGCUUUGAUCGAGGAGAGACGAGAUGCACUGCUCAAGAAUCAAAUCACGAGGGAUUGGGCGCAGAGACAGAUACCUGCGGCUAGAUUGGCCGCAGCCGAGCGCUAUGCCAAGAACAUCAAAGUCAUGCUGCAACAAAAGAGACUGAUGAUAGAAUGGCGUCGUUCGACAAGAUCUCACAUUGAAGGUCAAGCUUUGGCAGCUGGCAAAAGUUUUGAAGAUCACUUUUUGGAUACCAUGAAAAAAGCCGUCCAGAAUGUGGCUGCCGGGGAGAAGAAUUUCAUCAACGCUCGUCGGGCGGCGAUGCGAGAAGGAGCAGCAUUACAAGAAGUGCCGUAUGAGUGGGACGACGACCCCAUCUCCGAGAUUGCGUGGACUUUGCCUGGUGAUAUGCACUCCGGUAGUGAAAAAGAGGGGGUGCGAGCAUCCAAGCUACGAGAUCUGAAUCGUCAGGGCGUAGAGGCAUGGAUCCAGUUGCCGUACGGCGCGAUUGAAGCCUUUUCGAACGGGGAACAUUGCAUGUCAGGCCGACUGAGGAACGCAGGGUCUCACGCUCCAUUCCUCAACCAUGAAACUCCUCCUGUUUGUCCCUCGAUCGUUACUCAGUGGUCCGGCAGCUCGAUGGCUUCUCGGCCCAGUGUAUCCUUGCAAGUUGUGGACGGAGCUACGGACCAGAUGCUGCGGAUAUCAAUCAUCGACGGCUUACUGCCGAGGAUAGUCGCUCUAAUGUAG